AUGAAAGAAGUGAAAAUCAACACGACCUGCAAAAUCAAGUUCAUCGACAGCUGCAGGUUCAUGCAAAGCUCACUGUCAAGCCUUGUGGAUAAUUUAGCUGGAACCAACAGUGAAAGUGUCCGCUGUAACGACUGCAAAUCAAACAUGGAACUCAUCGAGAUUGACUCAGAGUACAAGGCGCAAUUCAAGUGCCAAACCUGUUACUGCUCUUACAAGACGGUGGAACUGAAUGAGCAUUCUAUGAAGAAGAAAUUUUCCAACACAUUUAAGCAUGCAAAGGGCAAUGACGAGCACUUUAGACUUUUGCUGCGUAAGGGUGUUUACCCCUACGAAUACAUGGAUGCGUGGGAGCGUUUUGAAGAGACAGCACUUCCUCCAAAAGCACAAUUUUACAGCAGCUUGAACCUUGAAAACAUCACCGAAAACGACUACAAGCAUGCUCAAAAGGUGUGGAAGGCUUUCAACAUCAAAAACCUUGGGGAGUACCACGAUCUCUACGUGAUGAGCGACACGCUUCUUUUAGCAGACGUUUUUGAAAAUUUUCGAGACACUUUUCAAAACAUCUACGAGCUUGAUCCAGCGUAUUUUUACACUGCUCCAGGCCUCGCAUGGCAAGCAGCUCUAAAAGUGACGGGUCAGGUGCUCGAGCUUCUCUCAGACAUCGACAUGCUACUGAUGGUUGGAAAGGGGCUCAGGGGUGGUAUUUGCCAAGCAAUCAAGCGCCAUGCUAAGGCAAACAAUCCGUACAUGGGGGAAUUUUUUGAUGUCAACCUGUUGAUCUCGUAUCUGCUGUACAUCGAUGCCAACAAUCUGUACGGAGCUUUUAUAGAAAAUUAUAAAAAUGGAGAUGAUGGCUAUUUUCUUGAAGUGGAUGUCCACUACCCGAAAAAGCUGCAUAAACUCCACAACGACUUUCCAUUCUUGCCUAAAAAGAUGCGUCUGAACAACGACUGUGAAAAGUUGACGUGCAAUGUGUUUGACAAGGAAAAAUACGUGCUGCACAUUCGCAAAUUGCAGCAGGCACUGCAGCAUGGAUUGGUUCUCACCAAGGUGCACCGAGUACUUGAGUUCAAGCAAAGUGCUUGGCUGAAACCCUACAUUGACAUGAACACAAAGCUGCGAAAGGAUGCCAAAAAUGACUUUGAGAAAGACUUUUUUAAGCUGAUGAAUAAUAGCGUCUUUGGCAAGACCAUGGAGAACGUUCGCAAGCACCGUGACAUCAAACUGGUGACAACGGAAUGGAGGCGCAAGAAGCUCGCAUCAGCUCCAAACUAUCACAGCACAUCAAGAUUUGACAAGAAAUUUGUGGCAAUGGAAAUGAACAAAGUGAAGAUCGUCAUGAACAAACCUGUCUACCUCGGCCUCUCCAUCUUGGACUUGAGCAAACUCACGAUGUAUGAGUUUCACUAUGACUAUAUCAAGCCGAAGUUUGGUGCAAGCGCAGAGCUUUGCUACAUGGACACAGAUAGUUUCGUCUACCACAUCAAAACAGACGAUGUCUAUAAAGAUAUCGCAGGUGACGUUGAAUCAAGGUUUGACACAUCGAAUUACAGUCCCGAAGACAAACGUCCCUUGCCUAUUGGCAAAAACAAGAAAAAAUUGUGCUUAAUGAAGGAUGAACUUGGUGGCAAAAUCAUGAUCGAAUUUGUUGCAUUGAGGUCAAAAAUGUAUGCGUACAAGACACUCGAAGGAUACGUGCAAAAGAAGGCAAAAGGUACAAAAAAGUGUGUCGUCAAGAAACAGAUCACGUUCGCAGACUAUUUGAACAGCCUGCAGACCUGUCAAAAUUUGUAUCGCACGCAACUGAGAUUUACCAGUCGAAAACACGAGAUUUUCACCGAAAAGCUGAACAAAAUUGCGCUGAGUGUUGAUAAUGACAAGCGACUUCAAGCUCAAGGUGGGUUCACCUUUGCACAUGGAAGCAGUCCUGGAUUAGUUUGCAAACAAGAAUUGCUCACCAGAGUGUGGCAUCCCGACCAUGUUAAACUGUUUUGA